AUGCCCCGACAACUUUGGGGAAAACUUAAAGAAACCACAGCAAAGGAAAAUGAAGUCGACAAAAUAGUUCCUGUUGCAGCGAAACGCACAAAGCUUGAAGAGAUGCAGGAAAGAUUGCCGUCUGCUACUAACAAGAGUAUACAAUUACAGGUUAAGAAUCCCUUAGUGACGCAAACAAUAGAAGUUAUGAAGCAGACAGAAAUGUUGCAAUCACUUAUUGAUACAUACUCCAAUAAAUCGGGUACAUCAAAUUAUCUUUUAAAUCCAUGCCAAAUGAUACCGGAGGUUGAUUUUCCUCCCGAAAAUGCCGCAGAUUUUAUAAGUGACGACAAAUUCGCGAAACCUAUAUGGUUUAUUCCCCCACUUGAGAGCAGCUUUGCCCGUGGUGUUCCGCAGACCUAUCCUCAAAUUAAUCCUGAAAUAUGUCGCGCUGCAUUAAGAAAAGCUGUUUGCGGACAACUUCGUGUAUGUGGCUUUACUGAUAUUUCUGAAUCUGCUUUAGUGCUCUUUUCCGAUGCUGCACAAGAAUUUAUGCGCAACUUCAUGCAGCGAAUUCGGGAAGUUCACGCCAAUAACCCACAGAUUGAAAUGGAGAAUGAAGUAGAAGUAAAAAGUCUAGAAAAGGCCUAUUAUUCAUUGACUAAUGCUUCUUUGACUAAUGUGCAUAAUUAUUUUAAACAUCAGUUGGUUACACGCAACCGUAGCGAAAUAGCGGAAUUCAAUGGUGUACUUCAGGAAUAUGACAAACUAAUGAAAGAGAGUCAAAUUAUGCAAAAGGAAGAAUUUCAAGAAGGUGACUUCUUGAAUAUACUUGAAAUGCCAGCAUCGGAUGAUCAAAAUGUUGGUGUCCUUAAUAGUGGCUUGCAGGAUAUCACUAGUUCAACCUCGCAAAAUAGCGUAGGGGUGCUAAGCAUGCUUGAAGGUCAAACACACAUGACCGUACAACAUUCAGGAUAUGCUAGCAGCACAUUAGAUUUGUAGUCGUUAUUUAAGCCAUAGUUUCAUAAAUAAAACUAAUUGAAAUUUAAAAACACUAAUCUUCUAAAAUAUGCAUCUUGUAAAAAUAAAAUCUGCAGACAUUUUAUUAUAGUCACCUUAAA